GUUAUACGCACGGCGCCAUGGAUACCGGUUGGUGGCUGAGAAUGGUUCGAAAUACACUCAGGACAGACACCCAUCGUGGUUCAAGGUGUCGUUCCUGCAGUCACAGCUGGCGUGUUGCUGCGAGUGGGCCUUCUUCCUCGACUCAGACGCCUACAUGCGCAUGGACCACCACCGCCUCUCCAUCCCCACCUGGAUCCAAUCCAUCAAGCAACCUAACUACUUCGACUGGCUGCUGAGGGACAAUCUCACCAACUCGCUGGAGGGGCAGGUGUGGCUCCCACAGGACCCUGCGCUGCUGCUACAGCCCGCCACCGCGCUACAGCCGGAAGGGCCCGUGGCUCUGAUACCACGGAACGGCGACUCAAAGGAGGGGUUCUUUGGGGAGGCAGAGGCGCUGUUCCGGAAGGACACGGACUACAUCAAUGCGGGCGUCAUGCUGUGGCGCCGGUCGCCCGCCACCUUCAAGGUGGGUACGGGAGGGGAGAGAGUGCCUUGGGGCGCCGUUUGGAGGAGCCAUUCAGGCAGCUUCAAGCUCGCAUCAGCAGCAGGUCACUUUUUCCAGUGCGUUGCAGAAUCAGGUGUCCUUCUAAGCCUUCACACCAGCUGUGUCGGCGAUUCAAAUCUUUGCGUGCUCUUUGCCUGCUCUUUGCCUGCUCUUUGCCUGCUCUUUGCCUGCUCUUUGCCUGCUCUUUGCCUGCUCUUUGCCUGCUCUUUGCCUGCUCUUUGCCUGCUCUUUGCCUGCUCUUUGCCUGCUCUUUGCCUGCUCUUUGCCUGCUCUUUGCGUGCUCUUUGCGUGCUCUUUGCCUGCUCUUUGCCUGCUCUUUGCCUGCUCUUUGCCUGCUCUUUGCCUGCUCUUUGCCUGCUCUUUGCCUGCUCUUUGCCUGCUCUUUGCCUGCUCUUUGCCUGCUCUUUGCCUGCUCUUUGCCUGCUCUUUGCCUGCUCUUUGCCUGCUCUUUGCCUGCUCUUUGCCUGCUCUUUGCCUGCUCUUUGCCUGCUCUUUGCCUGCUCUUUGCCUGCUCUUUGCCUGCUCUUUGCCUGCUCUUUGCCUGCUCUUUGCCUGCUCUUUGCCUGCUCUUUGCCUGCUCUUUGCCUGCUCUUUGCGUGCUCUUUGCCUGCUCUUUGCCUGCUCUUUGCCUGCUCUUUGCGUGCUCUUUGCCUGCUCUUUGCCUGCUCUUUGCCUGCUCUUUGCCUGCUCUUUGCCUGCUCUUUGCGUGCUCUUUGCCUGCUCUUUGCCUGCUCUUUGCCUGCUCUUUGCCUGCUCUUUGCCUGCUCUUUGCCUGCUCUUUGCGUGCUCUUUGCCUGCUCUUUGCCUGCUCUUUGCCUGCUCUUUGCCUGCUCUUUGCCUGCUCUUUGCCUGCUCUUUGCCUGCUCUUUGCCUGCUCUUUGCCUGCUCUUUGCCUGCUCUUUGCCUGCUCUUUGCGUGCUCUUUGCCUGCUCUUUGCCUGCUCUUUGCCUGCUCUUUGCGUGCUCUUUGCCUGCUCUUUGCCUGCUCUUUGCCUGCUCUUUGCCUGCUCUUUGCCUGCUCUUUGCGUGCUCUUUGCCUGCUCUUUGCCUGCUCUUUGCCUGCUCUUUGCCUGCUCUUUGCCUGCUCUUUGCCUGCUCUUUGCCUGCUCUUUGCCUGCUCUUUGCCUGCUCUUUGCCUGCUCUUUGCCUGCUCUUUGCCUGCUCUUUGCCUGCUCUUUGCCUGCUCUUUGCCUGCUCUUUGCCUGCUCUUUGCCUGCUCUUUGCCUGCUCUUUGCCUGCUCUUUGCCUGCUCUUUGCCUGCUCUUUUCCUGCUCUUUGCCUGCUCUUUGCCUGCUCUUUGCAUGCUCUUUGCCUGCUCUUUGCCUGCUCUUUGCCUGCUCUUUGCGUGCUCUUUGCCUGCUCUUUGCCUGCUCUUUGCCUGCUCUUUGCCUGCUCUUUGCCUGCUCUUUGCGUGCUCUUUGCCUGCUCUUUGCGUGCUCUUUGCCUGCUCUUUGCCUGCUCUUUGCCUGCUCUUUGCCUGCUCUUUGCCUGCUUUUUGCCUGCUCUUUGCCUGCUCUUUGCCUGCUCUUUGCCUGCUCUUUGCCUGCUCUUUGCCUGCUCUUUGCCUGCUCUUUGCCUGCUCUUUGCCUGCUCUUUGCCUGCUCUUUGCGUGCUCUUUGCCUGCUCUUUGCCUGCUCUUUGCCUGCUCUUUGCCUGCUCUUUGCCUGCUCUUUGCCUGCUCUUUGCCUGCUCUUUGCCUGCUCUUUGCCUGCUCUUUGCCUGCUCUUUGCCUGCUCUUUGCCUGCUCUUUGCCUGCUCUUUGCCUGCUCUUUGCCUGCUCUUUGCCUGCUCUUUGCCUGCUCUUUGCCUGCUCUUUGCCUGCUCUUUGCCUGCUCUUUGCCUGCUCUUUGCCUGCUCUUUGCCUGCUCUUUGCCUGCUCUUUGCGUGCUCUUUGCGUGCUCUUUGCCUGCUCUUUGCGUGCUCUUUGCGUGCUCUUUGCCUGCUCUUUGCCUGCUCUUUGCGUGCUCUUUGCGUGCUCUUUGCCUGCUCUUUGCCUGCUCUUUGCCUGCUCUUUGCCUGCUCUUUGCCUGCUCUUUGCCUGCUCUUUGCCUGCUCUUUGCCUGCUCUUUGCCUGCUCUUUGCCUGCUCUUUGCCUGCUCUUUGCCUGCUCUUUGCCUGCUCUUUUCCUGCUCUUUGCCUGCUCUUUGCCCUGCCCUUUUGUCUCUCUCUCUCUCACAUAGACAAUCGUUCCACUGCUCUUGCUCCCUUCCCUCCCUGUGCCCUCCCAGUUCCUCCGGCAGUGGUACAGCGAGUACAGCGGCGACUACCACCUGUUCGGGCACGUGUGGGAGCAGGACCGCCUCAACAAGGUGGCGCGCUGGCCGCAGUGGCGGGUGAGGGUGAUCGUGGUGCCGCACCAGGAGCUCACAGGGCCGCGGGGGGCCAUGGUGCGGCACAUGUGGGGGGGAAUUGCAAGUGA